AUGGGUUUGGGUGUUCUCUCGGUUAGACUGGCCCAAUGCCAACUACCGGACAGUGAAAACGGUGUUUCAGCUUGCGAUGUAAUCGGUGUAGAUCUUAGCGAGUAUUUUAAUGAAAUCCGAGGUAGAAAUUCGGCGAACUUGAAUCGAGAGUUAGAUGCUCAGGACGUAGAGCACAAGCUCUUGCAAGUACUCGCUACUACCUCGAAACAUCCAUCUCCUGCCCUAAUGAGGAACAGAAUACGCUAUCUUUACACAGCAAUAUUACAAGAAAAAUAUCGACAAAUUCAAAACUACAAAAAUAUAAUUCAUCCGUUUAGUAAUUUUAGAUAUUAUUGGGACAUCUUGUUGACUGUAGGAAUUACGAUUAUCUUGUUCUUAACACCAUAUCAAGCGGCAUUUGGUAUCACUCAAGAUACUCUGAUUCCAACGUUUAUUAAAAAUUUUCUGCUCCUCAUCUGUUGCCUAGACAUAUUCGUUAAUAUAUCUACCGGAUACUACGACAGUCGUCAAUCUAUCAUCGAGAUGAAACGGAAAAAAAUUAUAAAACGAUACAUGAAACAUGGUAGAUUCUUUGCCGAUCUUUUUGGCUCUUUUCCAACCGACGUGAUAUUUCUGAAUAUGUGGAAUGAAUACAAAGUAACUCGAAAAAUUGUUUCUUUACUUUGUGUCUUUCGAUCUUUUUCUCUUAAGACUUAUAUCAAUAGAUUAGCACUUACUAAAUUAAUAAUAGUGUCUUAUUACCGAAACUUUAUUAUAUUCUUUUGGUUGAUCAUUUUCAUUCAUUGGCUAACCUGCAUCUUUUGGCUGGUACCCAUAGCAACCACUUCAAUGAAACAACCAAUUUAUCCUAGAGAAGAUUCUUGGAUACAUUACACCGAUCUUUGGUAUAAGUCCAAAGAGAAACAAUAUUUCUAUUCAUUACUGCUAACGAUAGGAAAUUGUUUGAGAUCCGGAUUCCUUAAAAAUGAUCAGCGAAAUGUGCCUGAUCUCUACGUAGUAAUAAUCGCUCAAAUAACGGGUGCGCUAGGUAUGUGGUUCUUUAUAGCAAAAUUGAUGGAAUAUAUGCAAGGAGCGCAAUCUUCAAAAUAUAGAUAUCAAAGUGCCAUUCGUCAAUUGAAACAAUACAUGAGACACAAACAACUUCCACCUCGAAUUCAGUAUCGAAUAAUUAAUUAUUAUGAAUUUCGUUUUCAACAUCGUUACUUUCGUGAAUUUGAAAUAGUCAAUACGUUGUCAUUGCAAUUACGUCAGGAAAUUAUUAUGCAUUCUUGUCGAAAACUCGUAGAAAACGUUACUUUUUUUAAUAAUCUUCCAUUUGGUAUUUUAAAUCGUAUAGUAACUCUAUUGAAAUCCGAAAUUUUCUUAACGAACGAUGUGAUCGUACGAGCGAAUGAACCAGGUAAUUGCAUGUAUUUUAUUGGCAGUGGUACCGUAGCAGUUUAUACAAUGUUUGGUAAAGAAAUUUGCCAUCUUGAGGAUGGCGCUUAUUUCGGUGAGAUUGCUCUCAUAAUGGAAGACGAACGUAGAGUCGCCAGCGUAGUUGCUGUUGAGAUUUGCGAACUUUAUCGACUCGACCGUGUCGACUUCGCUCGUACAAUUCUUCCUUACCCUAUAUUGUGGGAUCAUAUUAAGAAAACUGCUAUGGAGAGACAUGAGAGAACUAUGAUUCUUAUAAAUCAGUAAUUUGUGUGUAACUUACAAUAUUUAUUGUGUUCUUAUAAUUAAUAUUUCAUACUUUAAGUUUACAUAUAUACAUAAU